AAUUUAAGCCCUUGGGCCAGCCAUCAUUUCUGCCUCGUCAUCACCGCUCCUCCCUCCAAAGUUCAGAUCAUGAGACCGACGAAACUCCCCAGAUUCCGGCCAAGAGUCCGAUUUCCCGGCGAGAUAAAACGAGCAAUCGUAAUCGGAAACGGGUUCGCCGGAGCAGAGAAUCAAUGCGUUGGUUUAAUUAGAGCUCUUGGCCUCUUUUCUCGUCAUUCUAUAUACCGAGUUAAUAGACCAAGAGGGGCAAUUAACAAGUGGCUUCAUUGGCUACCGGUUCCGGUUCAUAAAAGAGUGGACUUUCUUAUGAGCAGAGUGUUUGGUGGGCAAAAAGAUGAUUGCUUUUCAAGUGAUGUACUUGAAGCUAAUUCCAAGCACAUUGCUAAAAUGGCCCGUGAUACAUUUGAUAGGGAUGGUCCUUUGUUAGUGGUUGCAUCCGGGCGAGACACUGUUUCAGUAGCAAGCUCAAUUAGACUAUUAGCUCCAGAAAAUGUUUUUGUUGUUCAGAUACAACAUCCAAGAUCACAUUUAGAUAGGUUUGAUUUGGUGAUUACUCCCCAUCAUGAUUAUUAUCGAUUGACCCCUCAUGCCCAAGAGCAAAUCCCCUGGUUUCUCCGGAGGUGGAUAAUUUCACGUGAACCUCCUGAUAGGCAUGUGGUUCUUACUGUGGGAGCUCUACAUCAGGCUGAUUCUGCUGCACUAAGAGCUGCAGCUUCUAUUUGGCAUGAUAAGUUGGCUGUACUUCAAAAGCCUUUGCUUAUUGUCAACAUUGGAGGACCUACACGCAACUGUGAGUACGGUACAGAUCUUGCGAAGCAGUUGACCAAUAUGCUGCAGAAAGUCCUUUGGAGUUGUGGAAGUGUCAGAAUAUCCUUUUCCAGGAGAACCCCUGAAAAGGUGUCCAAGAUCAUAGUAAAAGAACUUGGUGAUGACCCUAAAGUUUAUAUUUGGGAUGGUGAAGGUCCAAAUCCACAUAUGGGGCAUCUAGCCUGGGCUGAUGCUUUUGUCAUCACUGCUGAUUCUGUGAGUAUGUUGAGUGAAGCUUGCAGCAGUGGGAAGCCUGUCUAUGUUAUUGGAGCUGAACGGUGCACGUGGAAAUUUGCCGACUUCCAAAAGCGAUUGCUGGAAAUGGCAGUGGUUAGACCAUUUACAGGCGAAGAGGAUAUAUCCGAGACCUGGAGCUAUCGUCCACUGAAUGACACUACAGAUGCUGCUGCUCGGGUAAUUGAGGCACUUGCAAGACGUGGAUGGACAAUAGAACGAUGAAGUUAUUCUUCUUAGCAAUAGACAUGAGUCAAGCUUACCAAGUACGCAGAAUUACUCCCAACCUUGCACCGUCUUCUUUUAGAUUUUGAUAAUUGCAGAAAGCAGUUAAAGUUUCAAACUGACAAGUUCAUCUGCCGACAAAUUGUGAAAUCUCUCGCUGUUGAGAAAUCAUAGCAUAUAAUGUUAUAUAAACCCAUUGAUAAUACUACUUAUUUGAAGAUCUCUAUGCUAAAACAGCAUGAGAGAGAAGCUGUAUGUAGAAAAAGAUGAAACUGAAUUUGUUGUAUCACAUUUAUGAGAUAAAUAGGAUAUCUUUUUUUUUUGAAUAAA